AUGGCACCAUCAGCAACACAUUCUGGAAAUGACCAGAAUGAAGAACAAGUUUUAAAAAUUAUUGCGGAAUUGAUCCCUGGGUCCUCAGAUCCAAAGUCUUCAUACAAGGGUGGAUUUGCAGACUCUUUGGUUGAGAGCCUUCCACAAUCAACGCGUGAAAGAUUACAAAAGUAUGCGAUUGAUUUAUCUCAAGGAUACCCUGAGAGACCUCCUACAGAGGAAAUACCGAUAUUCAUCAAGGAUGCUGAGAGGAUUCGAAAUGAAGAACAUCCUUUCGUUGAAAGAGGUAAAAAUGCGGACCCUGAAAAGAAGUCCCUCUUUGGGGCAGCAAAGGAGGUGAAGCAUUUGACAAAGCACAUAGGUACCGAGAUUGUUGGUCUUCAACUAAGUGAUUUAACUGAUCAGCAAAAAGAUGAGCUCGCUUUACUUAUUGCUGAACGUGUCGUGGUUUUCUUUAGAGAUCAGGAUUUAUCUCCUCAAAAGCAAUUGGAAUUAGGAAGAUACUGGGGAACAGUAGAAGAGCACGCUCAACAAGUUCAUGUUCCUGGUCUUAAGGGUAUCACUGUUAUAUGGCCCGAUUUUUUCAAAAAGCAGGGCCUUUUCAAAAGCUUUAAAAGAACUUUAAAUUCAGGGACCAGUCGGUGGCACACUGACUUGACGCACGAAUUGCAACCGCCAGGAAUAACACACUUACACAACGACGCUAUACCUGAAGUUGGAGGAGAUACUUUAUGGGCUUCCGGUUACGCUGCCUAUGAUAAGUUGUCCAAGAGCCUUCAAGAAUUUUUGGAGAAUAAGAACGCAGUUUAUAUUUCGGCACACCAGUAUAUUGACCCUGAAAAUCCUUUGAGAGGAAAGGUUAAUAUAGAAAGAGAGCACCCUAUCAUUCGGACUCAUCCUGCAACUGGUUGGAAAUCUUUGUUCGUAAACCGUGCUAUGACGAGAAGGAUCGUUGGUUUAGAGCCAGCAGAGUCCAACCUUAUUUUGGAAUACUUGUUUGGCGUAUUUGAGAAGAAUUUGGAUAUACAGGUUCGCUUUAACUGGAAGCCUUCGAAGAAGGGAUUAGGGACUUCAGCAUUGUGGGAUAAUAGAGUUUCUCAACACUUCGCUGUCUAUGACUAUGAAGGCGAAGAGCCGAGACAUGGUACCAGGGUAUCAUCUUUGGCCGAGGUUCCAUUUUAUGAUCCCAAUUCCAAGUCCCAGAGAGAGUCUUUAGGUCUAUCUUUAGAUUAA